GUAUAUCUAUUUACUCCCUGCUCGAUUUUUUUUGGGGGGGACUUAUAUGAUUCAAACAUAUCAUAAUACUUCUCAUUUGUGUGCAGCCACGUAUUUUGAGUUUGUUGCUUGAGAAUCGCAAUGCCGACUGAUGAUAUUAAUACAAUAUGCAUUUAUAUGUUGAUGGAAGAGAUUUUCCUUCAACAUUUAAUUCUCAUACUUGUAGCUUAUCAUAUUAUGGUUAGGAUGAGAUCUCGUAAACGAAAAAGAGGUGCUAAUGCAGCGGAUUUUGGGUACGUAGAAAGGAUUCCUGAGCAGGUUAUGCAUAUGAAUAGGCUCGUAGGAGUUAGCGAUGUAGAUUGUCUAGCAAACUUACGAAUGGAUCGCAAUACAUUCGGUAGGCUAUGCAUUCUUUUGCGUGAUUUAGGGGGUUUGACUGAUGGGAGGUACAUUAUGGUGGAGGAGCAGGUUGCAAUGUAUUUGUCUAUCCUAGCACACCACAAAAAAAUAGGGUGGUUAGGUUUGAUUUUUGGAGGUCCGGGCAAACUGUAUCAAAGUUUGUACAUCUCGUGCUUAAAGCAAUUUUAAAAUUGCACACAAGUGUACUCGUCAAACCCGUCCCCGUUCCAGAUGAAUGUACCGACAACAGGUGGCGAUGGUUCAAGGGUUGUUUGGGUGCUCUUGAUGGCACAUAUAUUAACGUAAUGGUGAGUAAUGUUGAUAAGCCGAGGUACCGAACUCGAAAAGGCCAGAUAUCAACAAAUCCCCUUGCCGUUUGUGAUCGCAAUAUGAAGUUCGUGUACGUGCUACCUGGCUGGGAAGGGUCAGCCGCAGAUUCGAGGAUAUUGCGUGAUGCCCUCCAACGUGUUAAUGGAUUUAGGGUGCCCAAGGGAUAUUAUUACCUAUGCGACAACGGGUACGCUAAUAGCGAGGGAUUUCUUGCUCCAUAUAAGGACAUACGCUACCACUUGAAAGAAUGGGGACCGAAUGCAGCCAGGCCUCAAAAUGCCCAAGAAUUGUUCAACCUGCGCCAUUCGAAGGCACGCAACGUUAUUGAACGUGCCUUCGGCAUCAUGAAAAUGCGUUGGGGUUGUUUGAGGAGCAAUACCUUCUAUCCAGUGAAGACUCAAAUCCACUUGAUCAUGUCAUGCUUCAUCUUGAAUAAUUUCAUCCGAUCCGAGAUGCCCAUCGAUCCCAUAGAGCAAGAGUUUGACAGUGCAACUGAAAAUGACCAAGAGGAGGCAGAAUUCGAUGGUGAAUUCAUAGAUGGCAUAGAUUCUUCUCCUCAAUGGAAUGCGGAGAGAGAUGCAAUCGCCCAAGCGAUGUGGAUCAAUUAUAUUAACAAUAUCUGAAUUGCUAUUAUUAAAGUUGACUGUAAACAUGGAUCAUUUUCUGAAUUUCUAUGUUUGGAUUUUAUA